ACUUGUUAUAAUGGCGUCCACGUUUCAAAACCCAAGGUCAAUCUCACUAUCAGACAAGAGUACUUUUAUUUUUUAUAUAAGCACUUCAUUAGGAGCAGAAAAUUCAAAGUGUUCUUCUUAGUGUACCCUUAUUUUUGGGGGUUUUGUUUUGUUUUUGCUGCGCGCUUGAAAAUCAAGACUUACAUUUCUGCAAGGUGCGACAUUGAUAAGCGUAGUGCAUAAUACCUCAUAAAUAAACAAAGUUUGGAUAUGUUCUGCCAUUCCUGAAAUUUCGAAAAGAGUACACGUGUAUGGUAUUUAGAACCUGGUGUUACUUUAGUGACUUUGCGAAGAAAUUAACAGUGGCGGAUCCAGGAAUUUCUUAACCGGGGUGGUGGUAAUUGUCUGCAAACUAUUUUGAGACCCACAAUGGGAGUACAUUGGGCGAAACUACUGAAUUCUAACACAGUAAAAUGUAUGUAUUUUAGUAUUUUGGGCCAUUCUUCUAUAUGAAAAAUUGGAUCAUAUUGGGGUUGGGGGUUGGGGAAGGGGUUUCGUGCGUCUGGCACUGGAUCCGCCAUUGGUUGAUAAUACAAAGACAUGUGGAUCUGUAUUACCUAAACCACAUAGCACUUAGUAUAAGUGACACGUUUAGAGGUUACAUUUAUCACCCAGUACAAUGCCAGUACUAUCUGUCCAUUUCUGUUAAGGUAAACAAAACAGGAUUGUCAUAACCUAAUUUUUAGUCAUGGUAGUAUAGAUCAUGUUUGCAACAGUUUUUUCCCCAUGAUAAUAACCAAUGACUUCAUUUGAUUAUUUUCAAUUCCCCACUAAUACAGGAACCUGGAUUAUUAAUAAUUAACAAUUAAUAAUUAACAAUCCAUCAUCAUUAGGACAUCGGUAUAAGCUUUUUGAAAGUAAAAAAAAUAAAAACAAACAUAAUCCAAAAAUAAAUAAAUUAAAUAUACAAAUUACCCCCCCCCCCCCCCAAAAAAAAACCCCACAGCUAAAUAUAAAAUACUGAAACAAAAACCCAACCAAAGAAACAAAAACCAACUAGAAACAAAAACGAUCAUUCUGAUAGUUUUUGAUAGAAAAUCAAUCGAAAGAAGGUCCGGCGGCAAAGGUUAGUACUUACUAUGAAUGGGAAAUAAGACAGGACAUUUUUUGAUUGAUGGUGUGACGCUGCGCCCCGCCCCCCUCGAGCUCUAAUCUGACGACCAACUGACAGGUGUAAUGUGAAAGAAAAGUUAAUCCAUGCGCAGGAACCAGUGACACGGUGUGGAUUAUUUCCUUUUCCUCCAAGACAACUGUCAGAUUUAAUAUUUUCUGCUCAGUGCGUUGCGUUGCACCCGGAGGCUUCACCGGAAUCAACACGAGUUACUAGCUAACUACAGCGCCACAGCAGUUGACACCCACCGACUCUUCGUUAUAGUAUCCGAGACUUGGGCGAGACAACGUCAUAUUUUCAUUGGCUACUUCGGAUCGAUUGAUAAUUACUACAAACUCUCGUAUUAUGUGUGUGUUAUCAUCAGGAUAUUAAUUCCCUUUACACAGCAGACGACAACUCUAUAACAAGCAGUUGACAUCAGUAAAGAGUGAAAGACUGGAAUACGGACAGCAGUAUUUCCACAGAUAGCCGUAUGAUUUUACGAAAAAUCAGAGCAUUGUCGCCACAUAAAAGGAGUAUCUUCAAAUAAAAUCGAAAAGGAUUUCUACUAUAAAUUUAUUAAGUGAUGCGUUCAGGGAAACACGGCGCCAUGAGUUCUAGGCUGGAGUACGACCUCGCUGAAGACAGCGAACAGACGACUGCGGAUGGAUUUUGGGAUUUGCCCGGGCUGAGGGCCACGGACUAUCAAAUCAGAAAAAGGGCGCGGCGUGAAGGACCAGCCUCACCUUCAGAUUCAGGAACCAGCUCUACAACAGAUGCGACAGACGAUAGUGAUCAGAGAAAAGUGAAAAGCCCGAAAAAAUCCGCAAAACGUCGGAAGGGUUUCAACGCCAGAGAAAGAAAUCUACGUCGUCUUGAAAGUAAUGAACGUGAAAGACAAAGAAUGCAUUCGUUGAAUGAUGCUUUUGGGGAUCUGCGAGAAGUGAUCCCACACAUAAAAUUAGACAGAAAACUCUCCAAGAUAGAGACCCUGACCUUAGCCAAGAACUACAUCAAAGCCCUGACAAAUGUGAUAUGUGAAAUGCGUGGCGAAAAAGUUCCUUACAGCUUUGACAGCUCAAGUAAAUCAGAAAAUGACGAAGAUGAAACUGAGAGUAUUCUUAGUGAGGGAACAGUGGAAAGUGUAGACAUAGAAAACGCACAUGAAGAUUCUUCCUUAUUUGAUGUUUCAUCUCCAUAAGUCAUAUACUGAUGAUUGUGCUAAUGUCAACGUUUUCCAUAAGUUCAUGGAUUUUGGAUUGUUUCAAAAUGAGGAUAUGUGACAUUAUCACUCUGAGCUCAUUAAUGAAUUCCAACUUGUGUUCGGCGUUUUUACUGUCAUGCCAUAUUCUGGGCACGUGGACCUUCUGCUGCUUUUUUGUAAAUUAUUUGCUUGAGAAAUGUGGCGUCUGGUUUCCGGAUUCUAAUUCCAUCAGCCAAUAGGAAAACGAAUUCAUUGAUAUUCCAAUAGCAUGCUAGUUUCCAUCACCAAAACUCCCGAUCGUUUACAAGUUUCGUCACGAACAUUGACAACUAGUUAAAGUGUAUACAAAAUGAAUCUCGGAAUACUAGGGAGAGGAAAUCUAUUUUUCAGCGUUAUCGAAAUACUCAAAUUAGCAUUUUCUACCAUGUAUAUGGAAUAAUGUAGACAGUUACUGAUAGUUAUAUAUUUUACCUAGAAGCAUGUCAAAAUUAUUUUAAUAACUUCCGUAGUAUGAAAUUCAACUCGUGUAGAGAGAGUUUUAUUGUUAUUACACGUCUGUACAUAUUUUUAUUUAUUUAAUCGUGUAAAUAUCUAAUCUGGGGACUUGUGGGUCACGACUAUGCCAAGCCACUCUCACGAUUGCAUGGGGUCCGCUCUGUCACCUGGUUUAUCCCGUUUACGUUCACAUGCGUGGCAAAGCAUCGGUGCUAUGUAUAUAUACAGCUCUCGGCCCGAAAUCAUUGGCUUUAGAGUGUCAGUACAGUAGGAAAACGUUCUCGAGAUAACUUUUGUUUGUUUAUUCAUGUAUUUUCUGUUCUGUUUUUAAGAAAAGUAUAACAUUUUGUCGUAAGGUGUAAUACAAUAGACCAUUGAUCGGCGGAAUAGUAAAUCAUCCCCCGAGCUCUUGAAUCCUUAAAAACAAGUGCGUCACCUUUCACAUUUUCCUUUCAUUGAUUUCAGUAGAAUAAUUAAAUGUUGAAGUAAUAAUCGCAUUCUUUAUCCCGUAAUGAGGACUUGUUAGUCGAUAUGUUAUUGAUUCCGCUUGAAGUUUUCAUUCAUUUGGGGCUGUGUUCGAUGUGUUUGCGUAGGAAAGACCAGUGGUCGGUGUAAUUAUAGGAACAUCCCCCGUGUUAUUCAACAUCUUAAUAUUAUUGCCUGCGAAGGUGUGUCUACAAUCUAAGCUGAUAAACUACCUGUCUCUGGUGACAAAUUUUGCUCUUGUUUCCAAUAACUUCUAAUCAGCUGGGUAUCACUCCCCCAUCUCUCUCUCCUCACUCACCCCCUCUCCUCACUCUUUCUCCCUCUCUCUCUCUCCUCCUUUCUCUCUCUCUCUCUCUCUAUAUAUAUACUGUAUAUAUAAGUAGUACUAGUAUAACGUCUCAUGGCGUGGGAGUUUUUUUCACUAUUUGUUAAACUAGAGAUGAAAUUGUUAUAUUUGCUACAGCAUUAUUGCUUAACGCUACCAGUUAGAAUAGUUCACAGACCCCCCCCCCCCCUUCAUUGUUAGGGGACGAGAAGGGACCCGGUUUCUAUGGCGUAGUGGUGGACUUUAACAGCGCCCUCCAGGUUUUCGUUCUGUUUUAUCACUAUUCACUGUGGUGAAGGUUCUGAGAAGGCCCAUUUAUUUAUCCCCUCCUUUUAGAUGAACUUAUAUUUUUGAUGUAUAUGAAUACUGGUCAGAUGAUGUAUAUCAUUAUACAUGUAUAUGUGCGUAACCUAUAUAUUCCAUACCGUGUAUUCAUAAACAUGAUUAUUUUGGCUAAGUGUAUCAUCAAUGUCAUUCUUUGGUUAUAUAUGCCUUUUUAAUUCUUUCAUGUGUGCCUUUGUUUUUCUCCUAUGUAAUGGUACGUGCGUACCCCCAGUAAUCUUUUUAUGUAUCCGUUUAAAACGCGUUUCCUCUGUAGCAGGAUAUGUGGUUUUCAGGAAAUCGAGGCAUUAUUUUGUAAUCUGCCAGUAGUUUUCUUAAUGUAGAAUACCGUGUCCUGGUUCUAGCGGUUUGUUGUUUAUACAUCGUCAAGGAUUGGGCCGGCUUUAUGGUAGCGCUUAACACUUGCAAAAUAAAUGUAAUACGACAUAAUAUCUCCACGUCAACAGUCAGAUUCAAUUGACACAUUUUAAAGCUACUUCCGAGUGUUCAGUGGCGGAUCAAACUUUUUCGGAAUCUAUACUAGACAUUAACAAUAAUAAGAGCCCGUUAUGAAGCUAUCUGUCAUCAAUGCCGAGUUUAAGAUGUUAUUCAAAAAGGUUCCAUUUGAGUAAGAACAUGUAUUUUUCAGUAAAACAUCUCUUUUCUAAAAAAAAUUCUCGAGAAUUUAUAAAAAUGAUCCACCCUCGUUUUGAAUACAGUUGGACUAAGUGAUAAAAUAUGGAAUAGUAAUUUGUAUUCUGUUUUGUUUUGUUUUUUUUAUUUAAAUUUUACCCUCAGAAUUAUUGUCGCAGACUUUUCAUGAGAUUACGAACAUUUAAUUUCAUUUGAGUAGGUACUAUUAAAUAGAUGUUAGAUAUACUGAUUAAUUAAGGACAAAUGUUAAUCUAAUCAAUGGUUGUGAACUUGUUAUACGAUUUUCCACAGAGGAAAGUUCAGCAUUCUCAUGAAUAUCUUUAUUUUUGUUACCUGAUUAUUUUGAUAAAUGUAUUUAAUUUUUUUAAGAAAAUGCUUAUGAAAAUGUUGAUAAAAACUUUUUUUACUAUAGAAGUGAUCCGAAGAAUUCCAUUCAGAUGAUACAAUGUAGCGUUAUGAAUAGAAACUUUUCAGACAUUAACCGCACUCCCGAGGAGGUUCGCUGUAGUUGUUGAUUAGUGUAGACACGCAACAAUGUCCUUGCCAGUUAUAUAGCAAAUCCUUAUGGUGCACGGAAAAUAUAUUCUUAUUUCAAUAUUGAAGUAUAUCUUGAAUGAUGAAUUAAUUGAAUGUGCUUCCUGACAUUUUUGAAUGAUUCGAGAAUGUAUUUUAACAUGUUUCUGCAUAUAUGCUUCGCUUUGUAUAUGUUUAGCUUCAUUGCAUUUUCUUUUCAUUUUUUUAAUUGUGAGAAUUGCAAUAAAAUGUUUUUCUUAGCUUAUAUCAGAUUGAUAAGUAAGGUUCCGUUCUAAAGUUUGUAGUCUCUUGCUAAUAAGCAAAUCAAAAUACAUACAUGAAUUAGUUUGUCUCAAGUUCCAGAAGAUGACCCACGACAUUGUUGAUUUAUGGGAACAAUAUUUAUCUCUUUGCUCCUAAUCAUGAUAUUUUUGAAAAAAAUGUUAUCAUUACAAAUAUAUAUUAUUGUUUUUGUCUUGGAAAGAAUUCUAGAUGAUAAAUUAUUUAGGAAUUACGAUAUUGUAUCUUAUUUCUUUUACCAAAAUGAUGAAAGUAAAUAAAGUAUUUUUCUAUUCUAA